GAAAAUUAGAAAAAAAGUUUGUGUUGCUCUAUUGACGAGAUCGCUUGGCUAUCAAUAUCAAUUGCAAACAGUUCGGGAAAUAUAAUUGAAUCUCCGUUGAUUACUCGCCGAAAUGGCCGACGAUUUACAGAACUACAAACUGCAAUUGCAGCAGGUCGAAGCUGCUCUGCUUACCGAUCCGGAGAAUGCGGAACUGCUCAAGCUGAAGGAGGAUCUGAACGAGGUAAUCGAACUGACGAAGGAUCUGAUCAAGGCGCAGCAGGAACCGGAACAGAAGAAAUCGGCAUACAUUGAGCCGGCCAGCAGCAGCUACUACGAUGGCGUAUCAGGAGCGGAUAAAAAGCAAACAAAACCAGCCAAGGUAUGGAAGGUGGGUGAUAAAUGUUCUGCUAAGUGGAUUGAAGACGGUCAGUACUAUGAUGCUACCAUAGAGUCGAUAUCGGAAACCGGAGAGGUGAGCAUCGUGUUUGAGGCGUAUCAAAACCGGAGCAACACUACCAUCAGCGAGCUGAAGGAACCAAAGUCACGGAACGAAGUGUUUCCCGCCAACAGUAACAAGCGCUUGCGACACAAUCAGAAGGAAUAUCUGAAGAAAAAGAAAAUGAAAAAAAUUCAGCGAUUCAAGGAGCUGGAGGAGGAACGCGAAUGCGAGAAGAACAAAUGGCUUCAGUUUACAGCAAAAUCGACGAAGAAGUCGGGCGUGAAGGCGAAAAGUAUUUUUGCUUCUCCAGAGAAUGUGAACGGUCGGGUCGGUAUCGGUACCUGUGGUGUAUCGGGCAAACCGAUGACUGAGUUUUCCCACGGAGAAAAGUACAGGAAAGGUGUUUAAAUGCUUUCAAUAGCAACAAUUGCGUCAAAAUUGUGUGCGUGUGCUGCAAGAUCAUUUGUUUUUUUUGCAAUUGAAGCACACGCUUUGAUCAAGCGUAUUUUAUCAAACACCUCUUUAGUAAUUGUUUUACUACAUACUUUCUUGUCUUAAGCAUGGUUUAGCAACUGCCGAGGAUAAAGAUAUUUCUCUGUAGGCUUUUUAUGAAAUUUUUCUUCGGGUACCUCGUUUAAUCAAGAAUUCAUUCACAUCUUAGGACGAGCCCGUUGAGUGGCAUGAGUAUCAAGUAAACUUUUGGGAGCAGAGAAAUCACAUUAAACUUUGAAUAAAGUGAAUAAGCUAAUUAUUAAUAACUGAGAA